ACUGAACUAAGCCUGGUAGUUAACCUGGUCGGGACCAGGCUGAGUGCACAGAAUAAAUCUCCAUGGCAACAUAUAUGUGCCUCUGCUUUCAAACAACCGAAUCAACGCUAAAUUAAACCAGGAUAACCAACAUGUCCCGGCUUAAUCCCUGAUCGAGGUUUCGAACAACAGGCCAACUCACAGCUCACAAACUUUAUCCUGUUCUUCCAAACUGCGUGUCAUUAAGUGUCUGUACGGUGUCCGACAGAGGGCGCUGUGGGCUGCUGCCGCUUUUAUUUUGAAGGCGGAUGUGAUUGGUUUGAGAAACGGAAAUGAUAGUUGGUGUUUUUGUGCAGCUGAAAGGCGCCGAGCUGGAACUGACUCCGUCAGUUUAGACUGUCCGAGGCCGCACAGACCAUCGUCAGACCGCCGGGACUCCCCGGGACUCCCCGGUGAACCUCCGGUACCGACUGUAGCCGUAACCGUCCGUCGUUUGGUGUCCUCCCUGGUGACUGUUAGCCGUUAGCCGUUAGCCGGUAUUGUGGGGUGUCAUGGCGGCGGGAGGCGGCGCAGCUCCUGCUCAUGUCGGAGAUGUUGAAGAAGAUGCUUCACAGCUGCUGUUUCCUAAAGAGUUUGAGAACGCAGAGACUCUGCUGAACUCGGAGGUCCACAUGUUGCUGGAACACAGAAAGCAGCAGAACGAGAGCGCCGAGGACGAACAGGAACUUUCCGAGGUCUUCAUGAAGACCCUGAACUACACGGCUCGCUUCAGCCGCUUCAAGAACAGAGAGACCAUCACCGCUGUGCGCAGCCUCCUGCUGCAGAAGAAGCUCCACAAGUUCGAGUUGGCAAGUUUAGCAAAUCUGUGUCCUGAAGCUGCCGAGGAGGCCAAAGCCCUGAUCCCCAGGUCAGUCCUGUCUACUUCACACCCGGACCCCAUCAUACCCAUGUCGGUGUGGGUACAACGUGGUUAUGAUAUGGGUAUGAUGGGGUUAUGAUGGGGGUAUGAUAUGGGUAUGAUGGGG